AUGGCGGCCAACUCGGCGCCGGUGAUUCCGGCUCCUUUCAAGGGCCCACCUUUCAUGAAGGCGUCCCACUUUCGUCUGGGGGAUGGGCGCUGGGCGCCAGGAAUCCCCCGUCAGCCAGUUUCUCACACCCAGUUUCCACCUUUCUGGGAGGCUCGCAGGCCGUUACCGGUGCCCCCGCCCCCCAGCGGGCAGGGGCUGAGCCGGAGACCCCCACUACCGAUGGCCGAGGAAUUGGAGCAUCACGUUCCUUGUGGAGACAAAGAGAAAAUAAGGUUCCCUCAAUCCACCUACACUGCCUCGUACUCAGCACAUGAGGGCCAGUCUGCAGCCAGGCCAUGGUGGUCGUACAGGGGUGUUCCCACUAUUAAAGGGGAUGGACGGUCCUACUAUGACACUUCUUAUCAAGCACAGUUUAAGGGUGAAGGGUAUCCACCUGCAAAGCCAAACAAAAAGCACGUGUCUGCUAUUAAAUUUGGGGAUCCCAGGACCAGUGAAUCUGUGAGCGAGCAGAAACACGCCUACAGAGCCCCAGACAAGAAGACACACAGAGUCUAUGACAAGGAGCGUGCUGCCUCCCAGAUUCAACAUGUGAAUGUGCAGCUGGGGGACAGUUGACCCAGGUUCACCACCUCAAAUCAGUCCUUCCCAGUUCACAAGAUAGAGCCUAUAACUAUUGCCCAACCAAACCACAUCUCAUCCAUCCCCAAAGGUGAUGAAGACCCUGAGAGAAACCAAGCAUUGGCAAGAACUACUACAGCACAGCUCUCCUACCCAGAGACUGGCAGGUGGAACUUCCCACCAAAGCCCGACUUGCUACUGCAGAAAUACCAAAGCAACAUCAGCUUAAGAGAUGAGUGUUCAGGCUCCUGUUCCUUCAGCACAACACAGCAGGCAGACUACCAGCCGCCCCGCCAGAGCCAGAGGGUGACAGCAGACAGCAAGAGCCCCAGCAAAAGCCACAUCCCCUUCAACUACCACAAUGAAAGUCCUGUCACAACCAUGCAGGCCAUGCUGGUCCCACACACCCCACAGAAGCAGCAGCUCUCUGAAGAUGUGCUGCAGCAGAUCAAGUCCUCACAUCUGGCGCUACCCUGGAGGGCACAGGACCUCUUCAGGACUGAGCAGAAAGACAAGUUCACGCCCAAGUCCAGAGCAGAAAUCCAACAGCCAAAAGCUCAAGUGAGCAGAGUCCCCUUGGGGACACUGAAAGAAUACUGUGCCCGGAGGAAGGUGCGCUUUGUACUGUGA